CCCCAACUUUUUUCCUCUCUUGCCUCAAAGAGUCUACAUGUCUAGUGGCAUCUAGAUAUGUUCAGCUUUGUGGAUUUGCGGCGGGCGCUGCUGCUCGGCGCAGUGGUGCUCCUGGUCAGGGCGCAGGGCGAGGACGACCGUACAGGCGGAAGCUGCACCUUGGACGGCCAGGUGUUUGCGGACCGGGAUGUGUGGAAACCAGAGCCAUGCCAAAUCUGCGUGUGCGACAGCGGCACGGUGAUGUGCGAUGAGGUCAUCUGCGAAGACACGGCUGACUGCCCCAACCCCGUCAUCCCCCACGACGAGUGCUGCCCCAUCUGCCCCGACGACGGCUUGAGUGGGCCUCAGGUUGAGGGACCCAAGGGAGAGCGUGGACCUAAGGGAGACAGGGGUCUUCCUGGUCCUGCUGGUAACGAUGGUAUCCCCGGUCAGCCUGGUAUGCCUGGACCUGCCGGCCCCCCUGGACCCCCUGGCCUCGGUGGAAACUUCUCCCCUCAAAUGUCUGGUGGCUAUGAUGACAAAUCCCCUGCCAUGCCUGUUCCUGGACCUAUGGGCCCAAUGGGACCCCGUGGACCCCCUGGAUCUCCUGGUGCUAGUGGACCUCAGGGAUUCACUGGUCCCCCUGGUGAGUCUGGAGAGCCCGGAUCUGCUGGUGCCAUGGGACCCCGUGGUGCUGCUGGACCCCCUGGAAAGAAUGGAGAGGAUGGUGAGUCUGGCAAACCUGGACGCGGUGGUGAGACUGGACCUUCCGGUCCUCAGGGAGCUCGCGGUUUCCCCGGAACCCCUGGACUGCCCGGCAUCAAGGGACACAGAGGAUUCAGCGGUCUGGAUGGUGCUAAGGGAGACAGUGGCCCAGCUGGUCCCAAGGGAGAGGCUGGAGCUUCUGGCGAGAACGGUACCCCCGGUGCUAUGGGACCCCGUGGUCUGCCUGGUGAGAGAGGUCGCACUGGUGCUUCUGGAGCUGCUGGAGCUCGUGGUAACGAUGGUGCUGCUGGCUCUGCUGGACCUCCUGGUCCUACUGGCCCUGCUGGACCCCCUGGAUUCCCUGGUGGCCCUGGAGCCAAGGGAGACGCCGGAGCUCAGGGUGCUCGUGGAUCCGAGGGUCCCGCUGGAUCCCGUGGUGAGCCUGGUAACCCAGGACCUGCUGGCCCCUCUGGACCUUCUGGAAACUCCGGUGCUGAUGGAGCUGCUGGAGCUAAGGGUCUGCCUGGUGCUGCUGGAGUUGCUGGAGCUCCUGGUUUCCCCGGACCAAGAGGACCAUCCGGACCUCAGGGUGCUGCUGGUGCCCCCGGAGCCAAGGGUAACACUGGUGAAGUUGGUGCCCCAGGAGCAAAGGGAGAGUCCGGUGCCAAGGGAGAGGGCGGUGCCCCAGGAGUUCAAGGACCCCCAGGACCUUCUGGUGAGGAGGGCAAGAGAGGAGCAAGAGGAGAGCCUGGUGCUGCAGGAGGCCGUGGAGCUCCCGGAGAGAGAGGCGGCCCCGGUGGUCGUGGAUUCCCUGGCUCUGAUGGCCCUUCUGGAGCCAAAGGUGCCAAUGGUGAGCGUGGUGCCCCUGGUGCUGUUGGACCUAAAGGUUCCACUGGUGAGUCUGGCCGCACUGGUGAGGCUGGUCUGCCUGGAGCUAAGGGUAUGACUGGUAGCCCUGGCAGCCCUGGACCUGAUGGCAAGAUGGGACCUGCUGGAGCUUCUGGACAAGAUGGCCGCCCUGGACCCCCUGGCCCUGUUGGAGCCAGAGGCCAGCCUGGAGUCAUGGGAUUCCCUGGACCCAAAGGAGCUGCUGGUGAGGGUGGAAAGCCCGGUGAGAGAGGUGUCAUGGGACCAUCUGGCCCUGGUGGUGCUCCUGGAAAGGACGGUGAUGUUGGUGCUCAAGGCCCCUCUGGACCUGCUGGUCCUGCUGGUGAGAGAGGAGAGCAGGGAGCUGCUGGAGGUCCUGGAUUCCAGGGUCUUCCUGGACCCCAAGGUGCCAUUGGUGAGAGUGGAAAGUCUGGAGAGCAGGGUGUGCCCGGUGAAGCUGGAGCCCCAGGACCUGCUGGAUCUAGAGGUGACAGAGGAUUCCCUGGUGAGCGUGGUGCCCCUGGCGCUGCUGGACCCGCUGGUGCCCGUGGAUCCCCUGGAUCUGCUGGAAACGAUGGUGCUAAGGGUGAUGCUGGUGCCCCUGGUGCUCCUGGAGCUCAGGGUCCUCCUGGACUGCAGGGAAUGCCUGGUGAGCGUGGUGCCGGUGGUCUUCCAGGACUGAGAGGAGACAGAGGUGACCAAGGAGGCAAGGGUGUUGAUGGCGCUCCUGGUAAGGAUGGUGUCCGUGGUUUGACUGGACCUAUUGGACUUCCUGGACCUGCUGGAGCCUCUGGAGACAAAGGAGAGCCUGGCGCCCCAGGAGCUGUUGGACCUUCCGGAGCCCGUGGAGCCCCUGGUGAGCGUGGAGAGUCCGGACCAUCUGGACCCGCUGGAUUCGCUGGACCUCCUGGUGCUGAUGGACAGCCUGGAGCUAAGGGAGAGGCUGGAGAUAAUGGUGCUAAGGGAGAUGCUGGUGUUCCCGGCGCUGCUGGACCUACUGGUGCCCCUGGACCUCAGGGUCCCCUUGGAAACACUGGCGCUAAGGGAGCCCGCGGACCUGGUGGACCUCCCGGUGCAACUGGCUUCCCUGGUGCUGCUGGCAGAGUUGGACCUCCCGGCCCCUCUGGCAACGCUGGACCUCCCGGACCCUCUGGACCUUCUGGCAAGGAGGGACCAAAAGGAAACCGUGGUGAGACUGGACCUGCUGGUCGCACUGGUGAGCUGGGCGCUGCUGGACCCCCAGGACCUGCAGGAGAGAAGGGAGGCGCUGGUGCUGAGGGUGCUCCUGGUAGCUCUGGUCUGCCUGGACCUUCAGGUAUUGCUGGACAACGUGGUAUUGUUGGUCUGCCUGGACAGAGAGGAGAGAGAGGUUUCCCUGGCAUGCCCGGACCUUCUGGUGAGGUCGGAAAACAAGGUUCUUCCGGACCCGGUGGUGAGCGCGGACCUCCUGGACCCAUGGGACCCCCUGGACUGGCUGGAGCCCCCGGCGAGGCUGGACGUGAGGGAAGCCCUGGUAACGAGGGAUCAUCUGGUCGCGAUGGACCUGCUGGACCCAAGGGAGACCGUGGAGAGUCUGGCCAAUCUGGAGCCCCUGGUGCCCCUGGACCCUCUGGUGCCCCCGGACCUGUCGGACCCGCUGGAAAGAAUGGAGACCGUGGAGAGACUGGACCUGCUGGACCCGCUGGCUCUGCUGGCCCUGCUGGACCUCGUGGCCCUGCUGGAGCUCUUGGUCUCCGUGGAGACAAGGGAGAGUCUGGAGAGGCUGGAGAAAGAGGCAUGAAGGGACACAGAGGUUUCACUGGAAUGCAGGGAGCCCCUGGAUCUCCUGGAUCUUCUGGAGAGCCAGGACCCGCCGGUACUGCUGGACCCGCUGGACCUAGAGGAGCUUCUGGAUCUGCUGGUUCUCCUGGAAAGGACGGUAUGUCUGGUCUUCCUGGACCUACUGGACCCCCUGGACCUCGUGGACGAUCUGGAGAGAUGGGACCUGCUGGUCCUCCCGGGCCUCCUGGACCCGCCGGAGCUCCCGGUGCCCCUGGUGGCGGAUUCGACCUUGGCUUCAUCUCCCAGCCUCAGGAGAAGGCUCCUGAUCCCUUCCGCAUGUUCCGUGCUGAUGACGCUAACGUUCUCCGCGAUCGAGACCUGGAGGUUGAUAGCACCCUGAAGAGCCUGAGCCAGCAGAUCGAACAGAUCCGCAGCCCUGAUGGAACCCGCAAGAACCCUGCCAGAACUUGCCGUGACCUCAAGAUGUGCCACCCCGACUGGAAGAGCGGACAGUACUGGAUUGACCCUGACCAGGGCUGCACUCAGGAUGCCAUCAAGGUCUACUGCAACAUGGAGACCGGAGAGACUUGCGUAACACCAACUCAGCCUGAGGUUGCCAAGAAGAACUGGUACGUCAGCAAGAACAUCAAGGAGAAGAAGCACGUCUGGUUCGGAGAGGCCAUGUCCGACGGAUUCCAGUUCGAGUACGGUAGCGAGGGCUCUCAGCCCGAGGAUGUCAACAUCCAGAUGACCUUCCUGCGUCUCAUGUCCACUGAGGCUACCCAGAAUGUCACCUACCACUGCAAGAACAGCGUUGCCUACAUGGACGCCAGCGCUGGCAACCUCAAGAAGGCCCUGCUCCUCCAGGGCUCCAACGAGAUCGAGAUCAGAGCAGAGGGCAACAGCCGUUUCACCUACAGCGUCCUGGAGGAUGGAUGCACGUCACACACCGGUACAUGGGGCAAGACAGUCAUCGACUACAAGACAUCGAAAACAUCUCGCCUUCCCAUCAUUGAUAUCGCUCCUAUGGAUGUUGGUGCUCCAGACCAAGAGUUCGGCCUUGAAGUUGGACCCGUCUGUUUCUUGUAAAAAGAGAAAUCUGGACUUGAAAUUGUUGUUGUGUGUGUGUGUGUGUGUUUUAUUUUUCCUAGCAGUCAUCUCUCUCUAAAAGAAGCCCCACCAAAACGUUUCUCUAUUGCCAUUUUUCUGAAAUCGACCCUCCGCUCGUGAUUCUACGAGUUUCCAUUCGGCCGUUGUUCCAAUGGUCCACUUUUGCCUGAAACCUGCACUUCAACAAGAUGGCGGCAAUGUGGCAGAGUCUGCAUUGUCGUGUUCGGGACCACUACUUUUUUUUUGUUUCUGACUCUUGUUUUGUUUUUUUUUUGUUUUUUUUAUCAUCACCAACACCAAGGAUCCUGUAAAGAAGACGUUUUGUUUCACUGGCAACAAGAAAAUAAUAUAUGCUUCUGUAAAGUGUAAAAAUUUACUUCCCCUCUUCAACCAGCCGAACCAGGCCCUUCUGGAGUUUACAGAAACCAACAGAAACACAAAGGUGACUUUUGUAUUUUUAUACACCACUGCAGUGAGAGGAAUGAAAGGACAGUCCCAACAGACAGAACCCAAUUGCUUUGUAACACGUUUCCGGUGUUGAUGAAUAAACGGUGAAACUGA